AUGUCAGACCUAGAUCCAAUAAACAUUGUAGUUUUUGGAUCAGGCGCAGUUGGUAAGUCAUGUAUAACAGUCCAGUUCACUCAAGCGCGAUUUAUUGAAGAUUAUGACCCAACUUUUGAAGAUCAAUAUACAAAAUUUGUUGUACAUGACGGAAUUCGAUACCAAUUCCAUAUAUUCGAUACAUCAGGUGAAGAGUUCUUCGAAACCACUCGAGCGCCUUAUAUAAAGACCGGAAACGCAUUUUUAAUAAUUUAUUCAAUUGAUGACCGUUAUUCCUUUUCAGCAGUUGAAAGAAUAUACAAAACUAUCAUUCACGUGAGAGGAACCGAUGAGAUACCAAUGGUUAUUUGCGGAAAUAAAUGUGAUUUGGAAAAAAGAAGAGUAGUGAAGACAGAAGAAGGUGAAGAACUAUGUAAUAGACUGAAAUGUCCUUUCUUUGAAACUUCGGCUAAAACUUACCAUAAUAUUCAUAAUGCGUACCAUUGUUUGUUAGAUAGGUACUUAGAACUGAUGAAAAUGAAAGAGAAUAAACCUAAUGACGACCAGGAAGCUACAAAUUGCAAAAAUCCGGAUAAGAAAGAUUGUAUUCUUAUAUAA